AUGAGGUUGCAAGAACUUCAAGAUGCUAUAAACAAACUUCCAUUGAGAAAUCCAAUCGACGUCAAAUUGUAUUGGAGAGCAUCAGAGUUAGCUCAGAAGGUUUUAUAUGAAACAGGUUGCUUCGACGAUGUUUAUGAGAUAACAGGAGAAGUUUCUCAGAAGAUAAGAGACUCACUUGAAUUUCCACAAACUGGACCAAUUGGUUGCGACAAGUUCGACUCAGAUGAAAAGAUAUACUAUGUCGACCUUAACGCUGCAUACAUGAGGUUCGUCCAAUAUAUCCCGACUGGAAUUCCAAACGAAGAUGGUGAGUUCCCGGGAAGGAACUAUACAGUUGGAAAAGUCAUACAACAACUGUAUGAUAUUAGGAAAGCUUCAAACCCCAAACUUGCAAUGACACUCAAAUUGCUUAUGAAUUCGACAUGGGGAUAUUCCAUUAAGAAACCUCAAGAGAUGAAGAGUAAACAUUAUGAGAAGGUCGACAACUUUGUUGAAAGGUUUUCUCCUUUUGUUUUGAAGUACGAAUUCACUCAAGGUCAAAGUGGCUUAGUAACCACAUUAAAACCUAUUGUCGAACAUUGGUCUUACCCUCAGUUCGCAAAAGCAGUCCUUGACAACUACAACAAAUUCUUCUCCGAAGUCAAAUCCAAAGUCAAGGUUUACUAUGAGAACAUCGACGCACUCAUGACGAACGAAGAAGGGUAUAACAAACUCAUUGAAUUGGGAAUGGUCGGUGAAAAGAUGGGCUGUUUUAAGCUAGAUAAGGUAUUUUCCGAAGUUCAUGUCCUCUCCAAGCGUAAGUACUGGGGUGUGCUUGAAGACGGCACAGAAAUAAAACAUUGCAUGAAGUAA